UUGAGCCUAGGCCAACAAAAUGUAAUCCCGUAUCAGCAUCCUAACGUUGUGCAGAAUAUUAUCAGUUUUCGCGUGUAUUAUUGUCUAAUCUGACCGAAAAAAAAAAAAAAAAAAAAUCACCAGGCUCUAUGAUUUUUACGCGUUUUCAGUAGGUACAGUGGUGCUCCAACCGAAUAGUGCUUUAUAUCAUUUUUUUAUCGCAGUAUAGUGAUGGAAUCAAAUCGAACACUACUAUUAGAAGACUUGAAAUAGUGAUUACAUCACAACACUUAAAGGCUAAAAUUAUGGUUGACACACAACAUUUUUGUUUGCGCUGGAACAACUACCAGAGCAGCAUCACUUCGGCCUUUGAAAAUUUAAGAGACGACGAGGACUUUGUCGACGUCACUUUGGCCUGCGACGGUAAAAGUUUGAAGGCGCACCGGGUCGUUUUAUCGGCUUGCAGUCCCUAUUUUCGAGAACUACUUAAGUCCACUCCAUGUAAGCAUCCUGUGAUAGUACUCCAGGACGUAGCCUGGACCGAUCUCCACGCUCUGGUCGAAUUCAUCUACCACGGCGAAGUCAACGUCCACCAACGAUCUCUUUCGUCGUUUCUGAAAACGGCCGAAGUGCUCAGAGUGAGCGGUCUCACUCAACAGCACGGUGACGGCCGAGAACAGCUGGCUCAAGUACAAAGUCUGAUCAGAUCUCAGCAACAACAAACGCCAGUGACACCCCCGAUACCCAAUCACACCGGCAGCUAUACCGACAAAUUAGUCGAAGAUGCCUUGUUCACUUCUCCAUCUUCGCCGCCUCACGGUGCCACCGUGAAUCAACUUUUGAGGAGAGCGGCUAUGCAAUACAGAAGAGAACGGUUCGAAAGAAGGAUCUCAUCGGAUCCUUCAGAAAUCGAGCACAAGAGGGCGCGAGCCGAACAUAUAAUAGGCAACAACAACAAUAACGAAAUCAAUUUGUCCCAUAAUCCACCUCAGACUCAACCGGCCGACUUUUCCCCGAGCGGCAUGAAACACAACGCGCUCAACUUGAAUAUAAAUUCGGCAAUAAUAAAUAAAACGGAGAUUAUCGAAGGAAAUGGUAUAAGUAGUACCGAAAGGGAAAAUUCACCUUGCUCGCCGUCACCCACGCAUCCCCUAUCUAGAUGUCACAGCGACAGUAACGAGAACAACGUGAAAAACGAACCCAUGGAACUGAUGUGCAGUACCAAUCAACCAGACGAUAACAGCAACGAUUCUGGAGAAGGUACUCCGAACGAAAACGGUCCAAAUAACUUGCCACACGGUCCGCACUCUGGAGGUAGUUCGGGGGGCGAUCACGAGGACCACGACAGUCCCAUAGGACCCUAUUUGACGCCGUCAGAGAGUAAAUUGUUCGCCACGGCAGCCGGCAGUUUUAAUUUUAGCAUGGCGGCCUUAGCGGCCGAUCCAACCGCGCUAGGAAAUCUGUUUGUUCCAGGUUUGAAUCAGUCGCUGCAAGCCAACGACACGAUGGCCGGAACGUCCCAAGGUAUGGAGGAUUUUCGCUGUCAGCCGUGCAACAAGAGCCUUAGCUCCCUCACGAGACUUAAAAGGCACAUUCAAAACGUGCAUAUGCGACCUUCGAGAGAACCAGUGUGCAACAUUUGCAAGAGAGUCUAUAGCAGCCUCAAUUCGUUGAGAAAUCACAAAAGUAUCUAUCACAGAAACGUGAAAAAUAUUAAGGGAGACGAAAUGAUACAGCCGCAUCAUUCGUUUUAUUUGUGAGAGAAAGAGUCUUUGAGAAAUUUUUCAAAUUUAAUUGACUUGAUUAGUCUACACAAUUCGUUUUUUUUUUUUUUGCUGUAAAAUGAAAACAGAAAUAAUAGCAUUUGAAAAUUCUCUUUUAAAACUACCCAAAUUCUUCAAAGACUCAAAUUCUUCAGAUUUAAAUAUAUUUCUAUAAUAAAUAUUGUUAGCAUAUAAAUAAUAUAAAAUACGAAAAAUCGUACAAACAUUAUAAUUUAUAUUCACCUAUAAAGUAGCAUUUUUAUAAUAAAAUGUGUAUAGUAUCCUAUUAAGGUGUGAAUUAGGCAAGUAAAAAAAAAAAAAGAAUGAAAGAAAUAUUUAGAUUGGGAUGGGUAUCAAAAUAGACCUUGAUUAUGUACUUAUUUUUGGUACUCAAUUAAAUCAAAAUCGAGUAUGAAAAAUAGUCCCUGCUAGACUUACAUCCGCGUUGGCCUAAUGGAUGAUUAUAUGUUUUCGGUGGCGCCCCAUCAGACGCAGCGAGCAGAAGCCGGUCCCUGGCGUCGGCGUCGCAUCACCGGUGCGACCUCUGCGGCAAGAUGCUGAGUACCAAGCUGACGCUGAAGCGGCACAAGGAACAGCAGCACCUGCAGCCGUUGAACAACGCCGUGUGUCAGCUUUGCCAAAAGGUGUUUCGAACGCUUAAUUCGCUCAACAACCACCGGAGCAUAUAUCAUCGGAGGCAAAAGUGAAAAACUAAUUCUAAUUUAUUUUUGUCCAUCAGGCCAACGCUAACAAUUUAUAUUCCGAUUUACAUUAAGUGCAAUGCGCAGGUAGGCAAUAAAAGUUUUCGGAUCACUAUUGAGCAAUCAGAAUAUUUUAUUUACUUAAAGAUUCUAUUGCACUACUAUGUAAGACAAUGAAAAAAAUUUCUAUUCAAUGGAUGCUGCUGCUAGCUGCGAACUCAAUUGCCCUCUAUUCUCAACUAGCAAAAUUCCGCAUUGCCCAAAUUUGAUCCAGAAAACUUAUUCAUAUAUUGAUUAGUGCACAUUGCAUAAUUUAAUUAGUUUACUUCAAAUUUAAUUACUUGCCUAAGGCCGUAUUAUCAAUCCAAUUGAUAAUACGUCCUUAAAUUCAUAAAAACAACCAAAAUUUUAGUACUUAGAUUAAAAUUAACAAACUAGUGAACUUCGAAAAAAAAAAAAACUUGGGCUCGAAAUUUAAUAAGACUGAUUCUAAGCAAUCGAUUGGACUGAAAAGAAAUUAAAUUAAUAAAUCAAAAUUAGGUUAGGAUUGGGUGUUUUUUGGCUGUGCAAAGAAUCGAAAUGUUCACUAGUUUACUUUGUACAAUUAUAUAUAUUUAUUAAAGUUGGCAACAUUGCAUCUAAGUAAAUAUUAAUUAAUUUUUAGGCACUGUGAUAUAUUAUGUUUUUGUUGUUUGCUAAAGAUUUUAUAGUUUCAAAUUUGCAACGUUGCCACAUUUGGAUUUUUUUUUUUUUAAUGUAUUCAAUCUACUAUAUUAUUAUAUUGGGGGAGGUUAUAUUUAUACUUAUUAUUAGUCAAUAAUAACGAUAAUGCGGUACUUGAAAUUCAUUUCGAUUUGUGCGUGCAAUAAAAAUUAGUUUUUUUUUUUUUUUGAAAAAUUGUUCUAGUCAAAUUAUUUUUGGUCUGAGCUGCUAUUUUCGUGUGCCGCGAAAAAAAAUAUUUUUUUAGAUUUUAGCUUCUACCACCUAAAUAAGGUUCUCAUAUAUUAUUUAUUUAGAUUGUUAUUAUACGCGACAAUAUAAUUGUAUAAAAAUGACAUAUAAUUGUUUUAUAUAAAAUCUAGUUUAUUUUGUUUAGGUUUUAGGCUUAGUGUUUAUUUGUCUUUGAAAAUUUGGAGAGGACCAGGACUUGAGUUGUUUACCGGAAAGACUGAAAUUUGAUUUAUAUAUUUUUUUUUUUUUGAGACUCGAGGUAUUUUUUAAGACUGAAAUAACGUUUUCGACUGAAAUUUAAAAUUUAAUUUAUUGACAUUGGCAACCCCGUUUUUUUUUUUUUUUUUUUAAUUUUUUGUUUAUUUUGAGCUCAUAAGAGACACCGAGGAAUUUAUUGCGCUAUAACUUUUUAGCUAACAUUCAAAUUAUGAACUUAAACAAAAAGUAAAGAUAGAAGGCAGGUUUUGCAACUCUCAUCCAUAAUCUCUCUAAAAGUAGUAAAUAUACAAGUUCUGAAAAGAGAGGAGGCUAUAGAACCGGCUUUCUACCUCUACUAGCUCAAUUUAUUACUCUUUAUUUUUUCUUAAAAGUAAAAACUUGACCAACACUAAUUUUGUUAUCUCAACAAUCAACUGAAAAAAUUCCAAACUUUUACAAAAAUCUGUAUUUUCAAAGCUAAUAAAUUCUUUGAUGUCGUUUAUGAGUAGAAAAAAAUUUAAUCAAUGUUAGUCCUGUGUAGUGACAAGGUUUGUUUUUUCAGAAAAAAAAUUCCUAUCUACUAAUUACUAUUAAUUUUAUUUUUGCAUUACCUAGGCAUGUUUAAUUAAAUGUUGUUUGAUGCAAUAGUGUUAUUUAAAUUUUAUAUAACUUGUUGUAUAACCUUUUAUUUUAUUUUUUUUUUCUCAAAUUUAUAUAUUUAUAUGUUUAAAUAUAUUUUUAAAUUUUUUUUUGCAAAAGCAACAGCUUUGGUUUUAUUUUUUUG